GCUAAGACUCCCCUCUUUGAUGAUGGCAUGUGCGUGCUGUGUGCUCUGACUGACAAAACACUAUUACCCACGCUCCAUUAAAUCAAUUAUCCCCUCACACCUAGAACUCAAACCAUGACGUGAAGGUAGCAACACAGACACCAAACCUGUGUUGACACAGUUAAAAGGUUUUACUGGUAUAUGCAUUCGUUUUGACCACACCCUUAUUUUUCUACCUCUAAAACUGCUUUUACUCCACAACACCUUUCACAGUGAUCCCCAACUUGGCCAACGAGUGACUUAUGGAGAGUGCCACAAGAGCUGAGCUUGUCUGCAACCACACAGAUGCAUGGGACUGGGUGUACACCAUGCAGCCUGCUUACAUGUCCAUCAUCUGCUUUCUUGGAGUAGUCGGCAACUCUUUUGUGCUUUGCGUGUUCUGUCUCCAAAAGCGGCCCAGCUCUGUGGCCGACAUCUACCUGAGCAACCUGGCAGCAGCUGAUCUCCUCAUGGUUUUGUGUCUGCCAUUCUGGGUGGCAACCAUUAUUGACAAGUUCAACUGGAGGUUUGGGGAGCCCAUGUGCCAGCUUAUCAAUAUUGUCAUUGGGAUGAAUUAUUAUUGCAGUGUGCUGUUCCUUACGCUUGUGAGCGUGGACAGGUACCUGGCCCUCACCAGACCGCUGUCCCAGGGGAGGGAGAGACGAGCCUUCUGGGCACGUGGGAUUUGCUUCUGUAUCUGGAUUGCUGGAAUCUUGCUCAGCUUCCCUGCUAUCCUUUUCCGCUCUGUCCAGUUCUUCCCUCAUCUUGGCAUUGAUGCAUGCUUCCUAGCGUACCCCCAUGAAGGCUGGAGACUGCGUUACAACAUGACUGUCAGCAUAGUAGGCUUCCUUAUCCCUAUUCCUAUUAUAUCCUUCUGUAGUUACCACAUCACUAAAGUCAUUCGGAGCAGCCAGAAGAUGAGAAAAGGCAGCAGAGGGAGUGUGGAGAGGAAAGCAGCAUACCUCGUUCUUGUGGUUCUGGCUGUGUUUAUUCUCUGCUGGCUGCCCUACCAGAUCCUGAUUGUCUUGGACACCUUGGAUCAUUAUGAAGUCAUCUCUGGAUGUAUGUGGGCUUAUGUAUUGGACAUUGGCAACCAGUUGGCUACUUACCUUGGCUACAGUAACAGCUCACUGAAUCCUUUCCUGUAUGUGAUUGUUGGGAAGCACUUUAAGCAGAGGGCCAGGGAAGUGUUUAGACUAACGCUGUGCAGGAGAAAAUGGAAAUGGGGGAAGUCUUGUCAUUCUAAUGCCAAUCUUAACUCAACUAAACAAACUGACAGUACUAAAAUCUAA